CCCCAGCAGCAGAUCCGUGUUUUCCUCUGAGGUAAAGUGCACUGUGCGUCCGGAGAAAGAUGGACCUGAAACCUCACAGGGUUUACGCUUCAGUUUGAGCAGCUUUUUUAAAAUCACUUUAGUUAUCUUCUUCUUCAUCAUCAUCAUCAUCAUCAGAGAGGAAGAUGGGCUGCUGCUCUGCUCGCUGCACGCUGAUCCUACUCUGCUGUCUGCAGCUGGUCUCGGCUGUGGAGCGUCAGCUGUUUGACUUCCUGGGUUUCCAGUGGGCUUCAAUCCUGAUCAACUUCCUGCAGAUACUGGUCGUAGUCCUGGGACUUUUUGGAGCUGUUCAGUACAAAAAACGCCUGAUCAUCAUGUACUUGCUGUGGCUGCUGCUGUGGGGGGGGCUGAAUGUGUUUGUUAGCUGUUUGUACCUGGAGGUGGGCGGCCUCUCCGCGGAAAGUGACGUCCUCUCUCUGGGAGUUUCCUCUCAUCGAUCCUGGUGGAAGGACCACGGGCCGGGCUGUGAGGGGGGGAUCCCCUCCGCUGGGUGGCAGAAAACCCCAAAUAACCAUCAGAACCAUCAGAAACCAUCAGAACCAUCAGGACCAUCAGGAUCAGCAGAACCACCUGGGAGCUGGGCUGCUGGCUUGCGGCACCAGAACAUCGAGGUUCUGCACUGCGUCCUGCAGCUCGUCCUCGCUCUCCCAGGAUUUGUUUAUGCGUGCUACGUCGCCAGCACUUUCUCAGACCAGGAGGACAACUUCAAUUUUAUUGGUGAUUUUCAUCAUCCAUCCAAACCCUCUCAGCUGUUCUUCUAGUGUACACACCUGCAGAUUAUAAAUAACCUCAGGAGAAAACGGGGUGAGGAAACCGUGGAGACGACGUUGAGAACUUUCAUCGAGAGAUUUCUUCGGCCUAAUUUAAAAAGCAGUUCAUGAUGUGUUUUUAUCUCAGGCUUCAAAUCUCA